AUGUCCUCGCUUGUCAGUUACGAAUCGUACGUUGAUGAAUGUGCGGAUUUGUUCAGUCAGCGCCUCCAGGAGGUAGCGAGUGCGGGCGCGUAUGCCGACAUGGGACAUUGGCUUCAGUGUUAUGCUUUCGAUGUCAUUGGCAUGAUAACGUUUUCGAAACGGCUCGGGUUCUUGGACAAAGGCGAGGAUAUCCGUGGUAUUCUCGCGGCACUCGAGGAUCUCUUGUGGUACGCCACUCUUACAGGCAUUUACUCCUGGCUACACAAAUACCUAGCUCCUGUUAGGAACUUUCUUGCUGGGCCCAAAGGAACAGGAAGGGCGUAUGUGAUGAAAUUCACACAAGAGUGUAUUGCGGAGCAUCAGCAGGAGCAGACCAAGGCCAUACCCGUCGAUGAACUCCGAGCUGAACAGGGCACGACGAGCAUGGACUUCCUCACAAAAUUCUUCAAGAAGAACGCAGAUAACCCCAAGUCUUUCAGCAUGUCCCAUCUUCCCAUGGGCUGCGUAUCAAAUAUGACCGCCGGUUCAGACACUACCGCCAUCAGCCUCUCUGCAAUCCUCUACUACAUGCUCAAGAAUCCACAGACCUUCGAGGCAUUGCGCCAAGAGGUUGACGAGCGGCAACGCGAGGGCAGGAUUGGCCAUUAUAUUACCUUCAAGGAAAGUCAGGAUAUGCCCUACCUGCAAGCCGUCAUGAAGGAAGCGCUGCGAAUGCAUCCCGCCACAGGCUUACCGCUCGAGCGCGUAGUACCCGCUGGAGGAGCGACAAUAUGUGAUCGAUUCUUUCCCGAGGGCACUAUCGUCGGAAUCAACUCCUGGGUCGCCCAUCGCGACACGUCAGUUUUCGGCCCCGAUGCCAACAUUUUCAGGCCUGAGCGCUGGCUCGAUGCAGACAAAGAGAAGCUGAGUCUCAUGGAGCGAAGUUGGAUGCCGUUUGGUCUAGGCUCCCGAACCUGCAUUGGACGACACAUUUCGCAGCUGGAAAUGUCCAAGCUGAUACCCAUGCUGGUGCGCGACUUUGAUUUUUCUCUCGCCCCCCACCUGCAGGCUGCGGACUGGCAAACGACUAAUUACUGGUUUGUAAAACCGAGGGACUUCCAGGUCAAGGUUAUGAUACGACAGCAGGACCGCUGA